GACCAGGCGCAGGAGUUGCUGGCUGUGAGUGUAGUACAAAACGCAAAGGUUUAGGACGAAGGGACUCAUUCUUGUGCAAGGUGUCUUAGGAUCAAGUUCACUUGAACUUUAGAAAGCGCAAAAUUUGUUAAAAUAACUUGUACUAAGUAAACAUAUAGAAAUUGGCACAACAACUUUUGAAGUGCUUGUGUAGUUGUAACAACAAACGCGUAAAAUACAAAUACUCAAACUGCUUUACGGUUGCUAAGCAGUUGCAACAGAAGAUAUACUCCGAUGGUGAACAUGUCAAGCGCGGUCUAUACGCACAACGAUUCAAAAGCCAACAACGCGCUGCAGUGCUACAAUAAAAACAUAAGCCAUCAACAGCAGCUCAGCGCAGCGGUGAAAAUGUUCAAAUAUCAAAAUGUUGCGCCAGCGCCCGCUAUGUCUUUGGCCGCUGCUGGUUGUACAGGCGCUGAGAUUAAAACGCGCAAGUACACGCCGCGCGCGCCCAGCAAUGGCGGCGGACCUUACAGCGUCGAUCAAACGCAAUCGGUGCAACGGCGUAAUGCACGCGAACGGAAUCGCGUCAAACAGGUGAACAAUAGCUUUGCGCGCCUGCGUCAACACAUACCGCAAACCAUCAUCACCGAUCUGCUGAAGGGCGGUGGCCGUGGACCGCACAAGAAAAUUAGCAAAGUGGAUACGCUGCGCAUUGCGGUCGAGUAUAUACGGCGAUUGCAGGACUUAGUCGAUGACUUAAAUGGCGGUAGCAGUGGCAGUAAUAACCAGAAAAUGAGCGGCACACGCAGCAGUGACGGCGUGCUACUAACGGCCGGCGCGGACAACAACACCACAUCGAGCAACAGCUCGUUCAGCAGCAGCAGCAGCACGAGCAGUAAUCUCAGCAUGCUUGCGCCAGAUUCGCCAGCGCGUAACUCCUCUAACGCUGGCGACUUGGCAGCGGCGGAGCAAUUGUACUAUACCAGCGCGGCCAGUAGCGCCCUGCAAGCUUUCCAACAACAACAGCAACAGCAGCAACAAUUUACCUCUACGCUACUUACUGCUGAAGCGUUGCAAGCGUACACAUCACCAGAAGCCAUGCAGACAGCGCAGACGCAGCUUGAUAUUGGCUGCCCCUCGCCUACCUCAUCCUUCAACUCCAGCAUGUCUUUUGAUUCGGGCACUUUUGUGCAUUCUCCCGUGCCACAUGUGGCAAGCGGCGCAGCGCAGCGCAACGGUAGCGGUAAUAAUAGUGUCAGCGCGCAGAUUGAUGCGAAUUUACAGUUGAAAUUCGAGCCAUAUGACAACUUUAAUCUUCAUGAGGAGGACUGCACGCCCGACGAUGAGGAAAUACUCGACUACAUAUCGCUGUGGCAAGAACAAUGAGUGUUGCGCGCAUAAGUUGUAAAUAUAUAGACGUUCAGGGAUACUUAGCCAGUGAAAUUUGUAAUGUAAAUAUGUAUGUGCGUGUGCUUUGCGUUAAGUUAACUCAGUUACCUAGUCAAAUUAGUUGAAUUUGCCAAUUUUUUGCAUUAAAAAACAAAAAAAAAAUUAAUUAAAGUAAAUAUGUAUGUAUAUAUAAAGUAAUUGUAGUUUUUGUGUGCCUUAGUUCAAAAUUAUGUACAUGGAGAGAUAUGACUAUUUGUAAAGCAUUUACAGUUAGCUUAAGUGCUAUUACUUUUAAAUGGAAGACAAUACAAUUAGCGUUAAGUAGAGACUAAGCAAACCACCGGAAGACACUAAACUGAAAUAAUUUUAAGGCUGAAAAACAUAACUGAAUAUUAUUAAGUGUAAGAAUUUUUACUUUUAAGUUUUAUUGUGCUAAAAUUAAAAAUAUUGAAAAUAUAUAUACAAAAUGAA